AACCCCGGGUUGCGACAAGUGGCACGCUGCAUGUGCGCCACUUGUCGCGACCUGAGAAAGUGGAGUGUUUUUGCAACGAGUACUUCUUAAUUAGUGAUUUCGCCUUCUUGUGCCCUGGAACCGAGGCUGCUGCACUGCAUAGCCCACAUAGCGGGCCACUUUGCCAAUGGCGCGUCGCCCCCAAACCCCGAGGCUGCUGCACUGCAUUGGGCGCUGUGGAGGAAACUGAAGCGUAGAGCAACCGGAAGCGAGUGAGACCCGGGGGAUGCUUGGCUGUCCUUCUCGUGCCCUGGAACCCGGCCCCCUCUUCUCGCCUUCCAUUGCCAGCCUAGCCAAGUUGCCAUGCAUGCAUUGUAAAGGGAAGCCACUGCUCGCUCAUCGACCAGUCCCUGUUUAAAAGCUCCAGCAGAGUUGAGGCCUGCGAGCUCAGGAGAGCGCUCGCCAGACACGCAGAGAUCGAGAUGGGCAUGGCGGAGGGGAUGCGACGCCGGUGCAUGACACUGCUCGUGCUCGUCGGCGUUGCUGCUCGGGCGGUUUCGGCCGUCACGGACGGCCUACUACCCAACGGCAACUUCAAGGACGGGCCAGCCAAGUCCCAGCUGAACGGCACGGUGGUGAUGGGGCGCCACUCCAUACCCAACUGGGAGAUCUCGGGGUUCGUCGAGUACAUCCAGUCGGGGCACCAGCAGGGAGGCAUGGUGGUGGCGGUGCCGGAGGGCGCCAGCGCCGUGCGCCUGGGCAACGACGCGUCGAUCCGGCAGAACAUCAGAGUCACGCGGCGUGCCUACUACUCCAUCACCUUCAGCGCGGCGCGCACCUGCGCCCAAGCCGAGAAGCUCAACGUGUCCGUCGCCGCGGAUUCCGGCGUGCUCCCUGUCCAGACCGUGUACAGCAGCGGCGGCUGGGAUUCCUACUCAUGGGCCUUCAGGGCCAAGCAUAGCGCCGUGUGGCUCGCCAUCCACAACCCCGGCGCCGAGGAGGACCCGGCGUGCGGCCCCGUCAUCGACGCCAUCGCCAUCAAGACCCUCCAACCUCCCACGAAAUCCAAAGGUAAUAUGCUGAGGAAUGGCGACUUUGAGGAUGGGCCGUACAUCUUCCCGGACUGCCCGUGGGGGGUUCUGGUGCCGCCGAUGGACGAGGACAGCUGCUCGCCGUUGCCGGGAUGGAUGAUCAUGUCGAGCACCAAGGUGGUCAAAUACGUGGACGCGCCGAGGUACAGGGUGCCGCACGGCGCCCGGGCCGUCGAGCUGGUGGCCGGAAGGGAGGCCGCGCUGGUGCAGGAGGUGGCGACCGUGGCCGGGAGAUCGUACAGGCUGCAGUUCUACGUCGGGGACGCGGCCAACGGGUGCAAGGAGUCCAUGGUCGUGGAGGCCUAUGUGGCGGCGGCGAGCCUGAAAGUCCAGUACCAGUCCCAGGGCACGGGAGGGUACAGGCGCGCCAUGCUCGAUUUCGUGGCGGUUGGGAACCUCACGCGUGUGGUGUUCCAGAGCCUUCACUACCACAUGAAGGUCGACGGCACGCUCUGCGGGCCGGUCGUGGAUGACAUCUCUCUCGUCAGCGUGCGCAAGCGCGCGGCUCGCCGACUGUUAAUGUGAACUCGAUUAGUCGAUGUACUAGUACGAUGCAGAGGCCGGGGUUGUCCUCCUUUAAAAGAAAACGGUACGAGGCUACCAUUCGAAUUUUCCAUAACUUUAA